UCCGUUUGCCGGCCACAAGUGUCCCGUGUGUGUGCGCGCUCGCCGUUUGACGCUCUCUUCUCGUCGUCCCACAACAGCCGUCCACACAGCUCGUGCCACCACCCGCCGCCGCCAUCCGACGCUCUCUUCGCGGCCUACAGUGUGCCGCCGCCGCCGCCGUAGUAGUGCAUUGCGCGCGCGAUUGUGUGUGUGUGUGUAAUUGAUUCUCACAAUCUGUCCGGCGGCGUUUAGUUCCGCGUGUGUGUGCAGUGUUCACGUGAUUGUUAUUGAAUUGACAAUAUUUGGAUAAUACGAACGAUUGACGAGAAAAAAAAAAAUUAUUUUUUUAGCGUUAUAAUUUUUUUGGUGAAAAAAAAAAAAAAAUUUCGGGUGUUUUUGAAAAAAAAUUUUAAAACACUUUGUUUUGUGUCCGCGCGCGCGUGUGUGUGUGUGUGUAAUAUAUGGUGCACCACGUUAUAUUUUGGAUUACCCGUUAAAAGUCAUCGUUGGAUAACCGUUUGUAGCCGAAUGAUAUGCUAAGUGUCCGUCAACGGCUGUUGACAUGAGACACGUGGAGUCCAGCGAGAACAUAACCAUUAUGGACGAGAUCGACGAGCUGUUGGGCACCCGCAGGAGUUACGGAUGGAACUCCGGUUCCAGGCCGUCCAUGAUAAGCGCCAAGUACCGGCUGAAGGAGGAACGGCGCAAGGUGUUGAAGAUCUCCGUCAACAAGAUGAAGAAAAUCGACGACGCCGAGAGCUCGCUGUGCCGGUCGGUGUUGAUCAACAACACGGUCAAGCGGCUGCAGGCCGAGACGCGGGACGACCGGACCACCGGCCGGACGUCGCCCGCCUCGCCGCCGUCGCCCACCUCCUACGGUUACCACACGCCGCAGCAGCAGUCCUGCGGCGGCAGCCUCAACAACAACAGCAACAUCAACAACAACAACAACAACAACAACCACCACAACCCACAACUGGUGGACAUCACCAACCUGAGGGAGUCGCCCAAGUCCAACGUGGCCGCGGCCAACAAACCCGCCGACUCGGCGCUCGAUCCGACGUCCACGACGACCACGUCGUCCACGGGCGUGUCGUAUUCGUACGGCGACGACGACGACACCAUCACGUCCAUCAUGAUGCAGUUACCGUCCACCGCCAACCCCACCAUCACCACCACCGCCACCACCCACGUCACCCCGGCCGCCUCGUCGCAGACGCCAAAACGGAAACGGUCCGUGGACGAGCCGCUGGACGACCUGCUGUCGCAGUUCAUCAACAGCGGCAGCGGCGGCGGCCACCGCGAGGACGAGGACGUCAACGUGGUCGACCUGGACCUGCACGAGUACCCGGCCGCCAAGAGACUGAGGACCGACGAGGCGGCGGCCGCGGCCGCAGCGGCGUCCAAUACCGACUGUUGGACGCUGAUGGACUCGUGUUGCGACGCGCUCGACCUGUACGGCGGCCAGGUGCCGGCCGCGGUCGAGCACCAGGACGUGCUGUUACCGGCCGCCGUGGUCACGGCAGCCGCCGCGGCCGCUGCGGCGGCGGCCGCCAACAACUGCAGCAACAGCCACCACACGUCGUCGGCGUCUGCAGACUGCGGCCAGCCGCCGUCGUGCCAGCUGCAGACCGACGACCACUACGGCACCGCCGGCAGCGGGUCGACGUCGCCCACGAACCUGUCGUGCGGACAGGCGUCCAUGUUCAGCGAAAUGCAGUCGGCCAUGUUCCGCAACCUUAUAGCGUCCUUGGAGUCAUAGAAAAACCGCGGUCUUUUUGAAAAAACAUAGGUUUUUUUUUUUUUUUUGGUUUGUUUUUAAUUCACUUAAUCUCCUAUAACUAUUUUCUUGUUUACAAUUUUUUUUAUUAUGUUUACACCACCAUAUUAUACAACAAUUAUGGUCCACGCGACUACUUAGAAAAAAAUAAUAAUCCUUUUUUUUUUUUUGUUUUUUAAACGUGCAAUAAACGACCAACUCGCGCAAAAACCAUUGUUUUUUUUUUAAAUUUAAUUUUGUUCUCUCUGUACGACUAUAAUUAUAUAUAUAUAUAUAUAUAUAUACCUACUCAUUAUAUUGUAACAUUACGAUUUUUUUUUUAAUGUUUUUCAACUGAAAUAUUAUGUGUAAAUAUUACAAUAAUUUGUACAUACAUGUAUGUUAAUUCGUGUAACUGUAGAUAAUCAAACAAGGGCUGUGUCAAAUUCAUCCAAUCGGUCUCUUUUUUUUUUUAUUGUUUUGUUUUU